CACAGCGAGAAGAAGCAGAGCUAAGGAAAAAAAUCGUGUGCUUCUAAGAAAAGAUUAUUUUAUAUUUAGCAUUGAUACAUACUAUGAGGACAAAACAGUGAGAAUAGGAAGACACAGUGCGAUAAAAAUACGGAUAGGAAUACAUAACAAAAUAGGACAUUAUAUUGUGAAGUUGUGGUGGCUAUAAAAUAUUAUUUAUUCUCUACAAUGGUUGUAACGAUUGAAAGGCAAAUGAACAUGAUCCAGUGUACACUCGUCGGUGACGGCAUGGUUGGCAAGACGUGUCUGUCCCUGGCGUUCGCGCGUUCGUCUGCACCGGCGCUGGGCGAGUACGUGGCCACGGUGUUCGAGAACUAUGCCGGAAAGAGCAGCGUUAACGGCGACGACUAUACCGUUAGCAUCUUCGAUUCCGCAGGACAGCAUGACUACGAAAGUCUGCGACGCUUUACGUAUGAGGACAGUGAAGUGUUUGUCGUCUGCUACUCGACGGUCGACAGAGACUCUUUUGAGAGCGUCCGCGAUUUCUGGCUGCCGGAAAUGAAGAAAAACAUGAAUCGAAAGCGUCCAAUCAUCCUUGUGGCGACACAGACGGAUCUCCGGAACACCAUGGACUAUGACUGCGAUGUUCCGGUAUCCAUUACCGAGGGAACGGAAUUAGCGAGGGAAAUCGGCGCGCUCACGCAUGUGGAGUGCUCGGUCAAUUCUCCGAGCUCGGUGAAGGCCGUGUUUGCGGAAGUGGUUCAGGCCGCCUUGAAGUACCGGAAACGGAAGUCGAACAUUGUCAACAAAUUCCUGGGCAGGUGAGCGCCCAUGUGUGUAAUUAAGACAUUCCUCAUUCUGUCAUCCCAACAGAACAAUGAUCAUGCGUAAGGUGGUACUUCGAGAAUGGAUCGGAAUCUCAGACUGUAAAGCAUUUCGUGAUUUCGCCGCAGUCGACGAACGCUUCGAGGCGGAGUUACUUGGUGUUUGAACCUCAGUACAUUGGCAUCAUUGCGCGUGUCGUCUUGACGUUCCGAGAAGGGAAAUAAAGCGAUUUGUCUAUCGUUAUACUUGUAUGCGGGACUGUCCGUGUGUGUUUAAUUGUCAUAAUCAAUUAGCUCGCUGGGUAGAUGACUACGAAUCCAGUUCGUGGACAAUCUCGAUAAUGACAAUUAAGGGCUGGUUGUCUAAUACGAUUGAUGUGCUAAUUAGUUUGACAACGAGAGAUCGGGUCGAUAAUUAGUUGGCUAACAAAUAAGUGGACUACAUGUCAACUCUGACCACUUGUUAAUGCUGGCAAAUCGACAUAAGUUGUGCCGAUAUAUGAUGUUCACUUAUGCCACAAUGUAAUUACAGUAUUGUGUACAUGUCUAGUCCAUUAAUUGUUUUUGUUAAAUAAAAACAAACUGUCAGAUCUCAGUAUUGUCAAGCUUACUGUAACAAAUCAAUGUAGCUUUCUUUGUAAAUUUAAACUGUAAAAUAAAAACAGUACAUGUUUAAGAAUCUGUAUUUUGUCUUCUGUUAAUAUAUAAAUAUUUGAUGCAACAUAUAUCUCAAUAAAAACAGUAAUACAUAUUAUAACUUUGGUUAAGAAAUUAGUAAACGUUUCAGUUUAAUAAACAUUUCACUAAGCACGUAUAUUCACGAUGAUUGUUAUAAGAAAAUGUCAAAGAUUUAAUUGUACCUAUUACGUUUUUCAAACAGCCAGUCAGAAUGUUGUAUUUAUAAUGGGUUAUUGUUAAUGGCGACAUUUUACAUUCCGAAUACCGCUUGGUUUUGACAAGCUCGAUGUUAUUUCAUUACAACGGAAACUCGAGCUAUAUGACUUUGCUUAAUUUUGACACGGUGACAUUGGCGGCAGUUUAAUUUGCUUCCUCAUAUUUUAAUUUACAGCUUUCUGAUUAUAAAUUGAUUAAGUGAGAAAUGUAAUAUAACACCAUAAAAAAUGUUAUUUUUAUUGUUUUUGUUGUUAUUGCCACAAUUGUGUUGAUUUUGAAAUGAAAAUAAUUCUAUAUGAUUUAAAAUAUUAAAUGAAAAUUUUGCAAAA